AAAUUAUACCUAAUUCAUGUGCUUUUUUUACUGAAUUAGUAAAUAGACUAAAUUUUAUUCUAACUAACUUUUUCAUUUUAAAUAAACUCGAAACAGCCAUAGAAACAUACGAGUACAUUAGUUACAUUUCAAUUAGUUCGGCGUGAUUAGAUUCAAUUGUACUGAAAUUACUUUAGAACGUCAACAAUCACCUACUCGACUUAUAAAUUUAGAUGUUGAGGAUAUAGGGGGCAAAAUUAAUGUAUGUUCAUUUCUACAGAUCUUUAUACCGAAAAAAUUAUGUUUUGAUCGUAAAUACAUUAUUUUCUUCCAUUUUUUAUGUACCAUAUUUCAUUAGUCAAAUAAUUAGUAAAAACCGUUUUUGACCAAAGUAAAUUUUUUUUCCGUUUUAGUAUAUUAAUGUUUUGUAUAAAAUAUAGUUAAUAUAAAGAUUAUAUUAAGUUAAAUAAUAUAUUAUUAAACUUAUAAGAUUACAACAUUCCAAUGAAAUUGAGAUUUCAGAGAAGAAAUUAAUAAAUUUACCAGCGAUAAAUCAGUUAUUUGAAGCAAUAUUUUGAUUAAUUUUGACAAAUUAUCUAUGUUUGCUGAUACACGAAAUCAAACGAAUGAAUCAAAUGACUCAGAUAAUUAUAAAGAAGAGAAGACAUUUAAAAGUGCUUUGUCUCAAAUCCUGGCAAUAUCAGCAAAAAACGUUUUGCUUCUUACGUAUGGAAUGACAAUAGGUCUACCAACCAUAGCGAUUCCAGCGUUGUAUUCUGACAAAAGUUUAAAUAGCAUUAGUGGAAAAUUUAGUGAUACUCUUCAGUUGUCUCGAGAACAAAUAUCAUGGUUUAGCAGCAUAAAUCUAAUAUGUGUACCACUUGGUUGUUUGAUGUCAGGAACUUUAACGCAACCAUUUGGACGAAAACGAAGCAUGGUCAUGCUCAACUUACCAUUUAUUGUAGCGUGGCUAUUAUUUCAUAAUGCUUCCACUGUUUUGGAAUUGUACUUAGCUGUAGCUUUAUGUGGUAUGUGUGGUGGAUUAUUGGAAGCUCCAGUGUUUACUUAUGCGGCCGAAAUAACUCAACCACAUAUUAGAGGAGUGCUUUCAGCAUCAUCAGCAAUAACAGUAAUAUUUGGAGUAAUGUCACAAUACACUUUGGGUAACUUUUUCAAUUGGAGAAAAGUAGCACUAUUAGAUACUUUUAUACCUAUAGGAGCUUUAAUAUCACUGUUAUUUGUUCCUGAAAGUCCAUAUUGGCUUAUAAGUAAAGGUAGAAUUACAGAUGCUGAAAAAUCAUUAUGUUGGCUUCGUGGUUGGGUAAAACCAGAUAAAGUACAAUUUGAGUUAUCUACUAUACAGAAAUCUGUAGCAUCCAGUAUGCAACAAUCCAGAAUGAAGAAAAAUAAAACUUUUUAUUCGUCAUAUUUAAAACGGACAUUUUUACUACCAUACUUUAUUAUUACAGCAGCAUUCUUCUUUGGUCACUUCGGAGGAAUGACUACUCUUCAGAUUAAUGCUGUCAAUAUUUUUGAAUCAUUGGGUUCUCCGAUCAGCGGAUAUGCUUCAAUAUUCAUUCUUGGAAUUUCGCAGUUAAUAGGCGUACUUUUAUGCAUCAUUUUAAUUCAUUGGACAGGUAAACGUCCAUUGGUAAUAGUUUCUACUCUAGGAACGUCUCUUUGUUUUUUUAUUGUAUCGGGCUAUGCUUAUACUAGACAGUACAAUAUUGAAGCUACUAACAAUACUACAACUUGGAUACCAAUCGUGUUUUUAAAUAUGGCUGUAUUUUUAUCUUAUAUUUCAAUCAGGUCUCUUCCUUGGUUACUUAUUGGAGAAGUUUAUCCACCUAAUAUUCGAGGGCCAGCUAGUGGUACAAGUUGUUCGAGUGCCUAUAUAUUUGCAUUUGCUGCUAACAAAUCGUAUUUUGUAGUUUUAGAUCACAUACAAUUAUUUGGAACGUUUCUUAUGUAUGCUAUAGUUAAUAUAGUAGGAUGUUUAGUUUUGUAUAAGAUAUUGCCUGAAACGGAAGGAAGAUCAUUACAAGAAAUACAAAAUCAUUUCGCUGAUAAAUCAAAAACAUUUGUUACAAAAGUUACUAGAAAUAAAAAUAAAGAAAUUAGUGAGAAUUGGGCAGCCGAAAAUACCGCCUACGAAAUUGAUCCAACUAAAUCUCAUUUUACCUUUUUUCAUUCUUGCAAAUUAUUUACUUAACUUUUAUUUACUUGGUUGAAAAUUGAAAAUUCAUAUUAGAUGUUGCAAUUUUUAAAUUUUGUUGAUUGUACAAAAUUGGACAUUAUUUCAUUACAACUUGGCUCUGAUUAUUAAAAUGGAUGAUGAAGUCAAA